UGCAGCGUGUGGAUUGUUAGCGCAGAGUCUGACACAGGAUAAAGGAGAAAACAAAGAUGCAAAGAAGUAGUGACUAGUAGAAAUGAUAUAUGGACGUGUGUCUACUUAUAUUCGUGUUUUGUGUAACGUUAUUCCCGCUUGCAGUAGAUGGACAGAGUAGACGUGCUCGAUUAAACGGGGUACUAGAAGACGAUGUACGAUCAAUUCUUUCUCUAGCACAAGUAGUAGGAUUAGGAAGCUCAGAUUUAGGAGCCAGUCUCGGAGCCAUUGGGGGUCUUGGAGGCGUCGGAGGUCUAGGGAGUUUUGGAGGACUCGGAGAUGUGGGAGGCCUAGUAAGCGCAGGUGGCCUAGGAGGCGUUGGAGGACUAGGAAGUGUACAUAUAGGAGGCUUAGGAGGUUUAGGAGGAGGAAUAGGAAGUCUUGGAGGAAUAGGAGGUCUUGGAGGAAUAGGAGAAAUAGGUGGUAUCGGAGGAAUAGGUGGUAUCGGAGGAAUAGAUAGAACGGACAUAAGAGCUCUUAGACGUGAACGAAGGAGGAGGAGAAGAUUAAGGAGAAGGAUAUGCCAGCAAAACUGUAUUUAUAGGUACAGGUCUUGUAUAAGCAAUUCCUCCUUUGUAUGCCUGAGGGCAGCUCGCCAGUGUUUGUUCCUCUGCUAAGGCGGGCAGGCUGUCAGAAAAUUGUGACAGUGAUUGACAUAUUUCUGCAUAAACCUUUCUACUUCUAAAUCCAGAGAGUAACUGACAGUAUAUUGUAUUGAGUGCACUUGCACCUUCUAAAGGAUGUUGAGAUGAAAAUGAAUAAUCUUUGUUGGUACUUCAUUGUUUCCCAAUUCUAUUGUGAUGUUGACGUUAUUUUUGUUGUUGUUCAUAAUACAGAUUUUUUUAUUUGAAUUUUUUUACAUAAAUGUGAGAUUUCA